AUGGCUUCUCAAGAAUUUAUUGUAUUGUACACUCACCAAAAAAUGAAAAAAUCAAAAACAUGGCAAGAUGGAAUUCUGAGGAUUAGAACUGGUGGAAAUAAGGCUAUCUUGUUUGACGAUAAAGGACAAUGUUUGGAGAGUAUUUUUAUAAAAUCUCAGGUGAAUGCUGGUGAUAAUUUAGAAAGUGAACGAUAUUUGAUCACAGUUGAAGCAGUAAAAGCUAAUGAAAAAUCUCCUGAAGAUCAGCCAAGGAAAGCAGAAACUCCGGCAGUGGAUAGAAAUGCUGUAAAACCUGGUGUUCUGCCUCCAAGACAUCUCUCUGUCGGCUUGAAAAGGAAGUUUACGGGUUUCCAAGGGCCACGCCAAGUUGAAAAGAAAAUAUCAACAAUGGAAGAUGGAGAAAACCCAACGAUAUUGCCUUUAUCUAAGCAGUAUCAGGGUAAUUUUCCAUCCAAGUUUUAUACUACCUCUCCAUUAUUUUCUACAAUUAGCAAGAAGGAUGCAGAAACAAAUCUGUCUGCAGACUUUCAUGAAGAUGUGUGUACAGAUAACAACAGAGAACACAUGUCUCUCUCCUCACUGCUUUCAGCUCCGUUUCUUGACAGAUGUGAGGAGACAGAGAAGCAAAAGUCUGAUCAGUCCAUUGUGAAGCCAGAAUCUCCUCUAAUUACUGGGCACGCUAAAUCUAGUAGUCAGGCAGCCGGUCACGAGGCAAUGUCACACAACAUCAGGAGCACAGCACAGAUAAUAGCUCUUUUGAAGUCUAAACCAACAGAAGGAUGCAGAGAGCAAACAACAUCUGAAGUCACAGAAUGUCUUUCUGGGUUUCAGGCAUUAGAAAACGCAGAUCGUUCAUAUACCAAAAAAACCGCUAUCCUACCUGCUUUUUCAGGCAAUCCUGCCAAAAGAAUAAUUCAAAAUAUUCAGCACCUGCCUUUUAUGGAGGGAACUGUAAUUGAUAAAAAGGAAUGGAAUGCUGAAAUGCUUCUAAAUUCAGCUAAAGAACAACCUUGUGUUGAAAUCACAGGACAGAGACAUGACAAAAAGGUAAAUAAUUUGAGUCAAGAUUUACAAGAUCCCUGCAAUACAAAUAUUUGCUUCCUACCUGAAUCCACCAUAAGUAGCAUGAGUGACAGUCAGUUUGUCCCAUCCUCAGGUGAUGUUUCACAUUCGGCAAGUCCAAUCACCUUUGGAAAAAAUCUCUCCAGGUACAGGGAGCGUUCAGUGACUAACCAUCUUCAGGAGAAUUCAUCGGUGAAGUUGCAAAGUGAGCUUCAGCUGAGGCAAAAUGCAGAAAGAGUGCCUAAUGACCUGGAGCUCUCUGUGGACGUAACAUUGACUGAAAUUGGAACUGUAAAGGAGGAAUUAAGCAUGCAUGGCAAAGACUGUGGUCCAGAUGAACAAGUGAUGGAGGUUAACUUUAAUCUAAUGGAGGCUUUUAAUUUUAAUGACACAGACAAUGAAGACCUGUGUGAAAGAGAUGUGAAUAAGCUCACUGAAGGAGACGUGCUUUCACAAAGUCCAGAUUGCUUAAAGGGAGAAGAUGUAGAGCACAGUGCUGCAUUGAGACUUCAUUCUUGCAGUGAAGUAGUGACACACAGUGAAAAUAAAGAAGUCAAAUAUUCAACAUUUGACAGAGAGAAUGAUGGAAAUCACUGCACUGAGGGUAUACCAUCUUGGCUUUGUGACAACAGUGUCGGAGGUACAGGGAGAAUUCCCGAAGACUCUGCAAACCAGACCAGAAUUGAAGUGGAACUUUUGGGUGAUGGACACGACAUAAAUGAGAUUAAUGAAAGUCAACUAAGUAUUGAAGCCACAAACAAGAAGAAGGAUCUUGAUGGCUGUGCAGCGCAUAUCAUUAAUGGCACAUCAUGGAUAAAAAGCAAGCCCUCUGACCUUUUGCCUGGUGACACAAAUGUUAAUGAAUGUCACUCUAAAACCAGUAUGUUUGAGAAAACUGAAAAUAUUUCAUCUGUUUCUACCAGCAGAAUAAUUUCUGCAAUGGACAAAAAGACCGAAGAAGAUGUUGCACAGCUUGGAUGCAUGAAAUUCCCAGAUGCUGAACGCUUCUGGGGUGCUAAGAGUGAUGACAUUAAACCAGGUAGUUCUUUGCUGGCUUUGUCACGAAAAUCAGAUCCUAGCUAUGGCUCAUUCCAAUAUAUUGCAGAAGACCAUCAAAAGGUAUUUGGCAUUUCACAUAAGGAAGACACUCUCAUUUCCAGAAGUUCUGUCUAUCCUUUAGGAAAAGACCAUUCAUCUCCAGAGGAAACAGCAAUAGGUGAAACUGAGUUUGAAAAUGUAGAGAGCAUAAAUGCCUUUCAUGAAGCUUGCAAAGGUGAAAGAAUAGAAAUGGAUUGCCUGAAAUGCACGGCAAUGGCUGAAAAUUCAUCAGAUCUUCCUGAUUUGGUAAACAAUAUCGCUCUUCUAAGAGCUUUGUCUCAACAUAGCACAGCAUUAGAAAGCUUACAAAAGAUUGAGGAAAAUAAUAGCAUAUUAUAUGAAGCAGAGACUUCUAAAGAAAUAUUUGAACACCUUGUGAAAGAUGAAGCUAUAAAAUACUUUACAGAAAUGCCUUACUCAGAAAGUAUACAGGCAUCUUCCUCUUCAUACUUUGAUUCUCCUGGCUUUAUGCCCAGCUGUGUGGACAAUUUAUUACAGAAAACAGAAGCUUGUAUUCUGCCAAUAGCAGUGGCCCAAAGCGACCCUAGGACAUCUGGCUGCCAACCAAAGCCUGUUGCGUUUCAAGGGCACGAAGUAAAGGGAUCAGCAGCUAGUGAGAUAAUGUUGAGAGCUCCCUGCUCACAACUAGGAUGGCAGCAGUACCCCGGUAAUACGGAGGUUGCAGCUGAGAGAUUUUUGUCACCCUCGUUUUCAACCAAUUAUGUCCUUUCUGACUUCAGACAGUCUCCAGGUUCAAGAAGUCUUCAUGAGGAUGAUAUCGACUUUAUCAGAGAAGAGAAUUUUCAAAAGAAGUCUAACAUUAUUAAAGAGUCAAGAAUGGAUCAGUCCCCACAGGAGAAAUCCAGCGAUCCAGAGGAAUGCAACCUCUCCAGGUUCAAACCCACAGUUAAAACGCGAACUCCAUUUGUCACUCUUCCUGCCACUGAGAAGAUUCCUGACGCAGUUUAUCCAACUGACAGCAAGGAGGUCCAGCAAUCUUUCGGCUCUUCAGUCGUAAAUUUAUGCAACAAGUCAGCGGUAUUUCCUAUUAGUGCUUUUUGCCCUGAGGACAGAAAUUAUGAAACCUCUGUGUUUGGAGAUUAUACGGAAGACAGACAAAGGGAAUCUGUGCAACCAGUGUUCCCUAAUGUGGCUUCACAAUAUAGACAAAGCAAGUGGCUAAAAUAUCAAAACAGUGCUCGGUGUGACUCGGUAACUCAAAACAGCGACGACAGGGAAGUGACUGAUGACAUCUGUGCUGAGAACGUCCUUGGAAUGCUGCUGGGUGACACAGGAGGAAGCAGUGCUGCGAAUCAAAGUGCUCCCGGCUCUGCACCGCUACUGACGGCAAAAAACAUGCUUGGUAAAUGCUGUGCAAAUACCAGCAACCAAGAUUUGAUUUCAGAGAGGAAGUUACUUUCUCUGCACUUAAGUCAGACACCUUUGGCUGAAGCAACACAAAAGGUGUUAAGUCAUCUGAGCUGCCACACUGUAACAGGAGACGGCCAGGACAUAACAAUUUCUGAGUUGUCUUUUCCUAAUGUGGAUAAAGUAAAACAUGCUGAUCUUCCUAAAAGAAAGAUUUCCAUACCAACUGUGUUUCAGUCUCAUGUUCACUACAAACAGAUUUUUAAAGCUGCUCUGACAGAGCAAUUAAACAUAAUGCUAUUUGAGUUGUCACAAAGAUUACACAAUUCUCUUUCAAAAGUGGAUAUAUCAUUUUACACUUCAUUGAAAGAUGGGCAAAGUGCGAGCAAAGAAAGCUGCGUUCCACUCUGCAAUCACAUGCAUCCUGCUAAGCUUGUUAUGGUUAAAAAAGAAGGUCAAAACAAGGGUCGUUUGUUCUAUACCUGUGAUGCCCCAAAAGCUGAACAGUGUUCAUUUUUCAAGUGGAUAGAAGAUGUGAACCCUGCACAGAUAAAAUCCAGACCUAGUGUAGUGCUCCGUGAUAUAAAAAGUAUUGGGACAUACCUCAGAAGUCAAAAGAUUUCUCUCUAUGAGGGAUGCCAGCUUUUGGUGAGGAAAGCCUUUGAAAUUCAACCACAGAGGUGUAGUAAGUUCAAGAAACUUGUGAAUACACCUGCCAGAUUUGAUGGCGAUUCCAAAACCAAAUUAUACCUCAAACUAAGCAGAAAGGACCAUUAUUCUCUCUAUAGCAAAGAUGAUAUUUGGGUUGUUUCGAAGACUCUGAACUUUGAUCCCAUUGAUACUUUCAUUGCAAGUAGUGCGUUCUUUGGACCGUCCUCCAACAACGAAAUAGAAUUACUCCCACUGAAAGGCUACUGUCCCUCAAACUGGCGAUCAAAUAUGUUUGUUCAUGCCUUGCUGGUUUGUAAUGCUAGUGGUGAGCUUACAUCUUUAAGAAAUCUGGAGGAGCACUUCACUCCAUCUACGUUACCACUAAUACCAUAUCUACUAAAGAUGAAUUUUGAUUCUGAAAAUGCUUCUAAUAGAGUCAACAAAAGGAAAUUUAUUCCACCUGCCAUCAGCCUGAAACGCACAAUGAUGUAUGGACCUGUCAGCACUGAAGUGGCAAUGGGACUAGCUAAAAAGAUGAUCCAAACGUUUUCAUUGAACCCAGAUCAAGCUACAUCACUGAUUCAGAUAGCUCAGAUGAUGACCUCAUGUGAAAACAUCAAACCAGCGGGAGAACAUCAGAUCUUCCCUAUCACAAUCAUACGUGGUGUUUUUGGAGCUGGAAAGAGCUAUCUGCUGUCUGUGGUGAUCUUGUUCCUAGUACAGCUCUUUGAAAGCAGUGAAGCUACGGAGGGGCCAAGGCCAGCUCCAUGGAAACUUCUGAUUGCUUCUUCCACUAACGUUGCCGUUGACAGGAUACUGCUGGGUCUACUCGAUCUUGGAUUUGAGGAUUUUAUCAGAGUGGGAAGUAUUAGGAAAAUCACCAAAGCAAUUCUUCCCCAUAGUUUACAUGCUGGCUCAGGAAAUGAAAACGAGCAGUUAAAAGAGCUGCUUGCUCUUAUGAAAGAAGAUUUAACUCCAGUUGAAAAAAUGUACGUAAGGAAGAGUAUUGAGCAACAUAAACUGGGGACCAAUAAAACUAUACUGCAACAGGUAAAAGUGGUUGGAGUGACCUGUGCUGCCUGCCCCUUCCCUUGUCUGAAUACUCUUAAGUUUCCUGUAGUGAUGCUGGAUGAGUGCAGUCAGAUGACUGAACCCGCUUCUCUCCUUCCGAUUGCAAGGUUUCAGUGUGAAAAGCUAGUCCUUGUUGGAGACCCUAAGCAAUUACCACCAACUAUUCAAGGGUCUGAGAGUGUUCACGAAAAGGGAUUGGAGCAGACGCUCUUUGACCGGCUUUGCUUAAUGGGACAUAAAACAAUUCUUCUUCGGACACAGUACCGAUGUCACCCUGCUAUUAGUGCCAUAGCCAACGAGCUGUUCUAUGGAGGAAGUCUGAUAGAUGGUGUUUCAGAGAAAGACAGAAGUCCUUUAUUGGAUUGGCUUCCAACACUAUGUUUUUAUAGUGUUAAUGGGGUAGAGCAAAUUGAAAGAGACAACAGCUUUUAUAACAUGGCAGAAGUUCAUUUUACAGUCAAGCUCAUCCAGUCUCUGGUUGCAAGUGGAAUUAAAGGAUCUGCAGUCGGUGUGAUUACUCUUUAUAAAUCACAGAUGUGCAAGAUUCAGAAUUUGCUUACUGAUGUACACUCUGAGGCUUUUGAAAUGAAAGCUGUCCAGGUGUCCACCGUCGACGCAUUCCAAGGAGCUGAGAAGGAGAUCAUUGUUUUGUCGUGCGUAAGAACAAGACAAAUUGGGUUCAUAGACUCAGAAAAGAGAAUGAACGUUGCACUAACGAGAGCAAAGAGGCAUUUGUUGAUUGUUGGAAAUCUGGCCUGUUUAAGUAGGAACAGGCUGUGGGGAAGAGUAAUUCAUCACUGCAAAGGAUGGGAAAAUGGAUUACAACAUGGAAGCCAGUGUGAGCAGCAGCUAAACAACAUUCUUAAGUGUUACUUGGAGAAACGGAAGGAAGAGGAGCAGAACAAGAAGCAGGAAAAAUAAAAUGUGUGCCU